AUGCAGCCUACUGAGCCAGCACUUUCGUUCGAUUCUAGUGCACCUGAAGGAGCUUCAAUGGUUGUCGUCAACGGCACGUCCGCCGCAGUACAACCUGCAUCAGCAAGUGCUCCUGCACCAAUGGUGCUCUCUCAGGAGACCAUGGAGGUCUCGCCGUCGGCUCCGCAGGUCUCGCCGUCUGCUCCGCAGGCGUCGCAGAUGAUGCAUGGUGAUGUUGCGUCCCCCUGCCUUGCAGAUGUCGACCCCCUGUUGCCUGCCGAAGUUGUCCCAAAUGAAGAUCUUCAUUUCGAGAGCAGCGCUGAAGCUUACAAGUUCUACUGCUACUAUGCGGGCAAAGCGGGGUUUGAUGUACGGAAGACAAGGACUAAUAGAAAGACUGUUGCAGAGUUUUCAUGCAAUAAACAGGGCCAUUGGGAAUUCUAUAAGCCUGAUGAAGAGAGGACACGUGAGAAGAUGUCAAUGAGGUGUGAAUGCAAGGCAUUUGUGAAGGCUAAGAAGAACACUAAAAAGGGAUAUUGGUUCUUUGAGAGGAUCAGGUUGGAGCACUCCCACCCAUUGCAUCCAUCACCGCGACUAACACAGUUCAUGAAUGCACAUAAGAACAAGGAUCCGGUGAUCAUGGGAAUUGUUGACAAGAUGCAACAUGCUGAUGCAUCCCACAAUACCACAGUCAAUUAUUUAUCAGAUAUGUAUGGUGGUGUCCAGAACUUCACAUUCACUGAGAUGGACCUGAAAACAGACCAGGACAGCUCUAUGGCUGCUGCAAUACCAAGGGUGUUUCCAAAUACGCAACACAGGCUAUGCCGAUGGCACAUGCUUAAGAAAUACAGAGAUGAGCUAAAGAAGCUGUACAAGGAGCAUGAAGGUCUGAAGAUCAAGCUCCUGACAGUGAUAAAUCACUCACUAACACCUAUAGAGUUUGAGGCGGCAUGGAGUGAGCUGCUAACAGAGUAUGGGAUAGGAGAGAAUGAUGCUAUAAAGGGCAUUUGGGAGUCCAGGCAUAUGUGGGUUUCAGCCUAUUUGAAGCCUCUGUACUGUGGGAGGAUGACAUCAACACAAAGGAGCGAGAGUGUGAACAAGGCAGUCAAAAAAAGGGGUUUUGCAAUGAGGAAGACAUGCAUGAGUAAUUUUGCUCGCAGGAUGCUCGAGUUCAUUCAACACACGAAUCAUGUCUCAGCUGGUGAAACACAUUGUUCACAGGCAAAGAACUUUAGAGUGACAUUGCAACCAUUCGACAAACAAUUGAGCCGGGUAUAUACCCGUGCAGUGUUCAAGAAGUACCGGGAAACAUACAUGUAUAGUACUGCAUUCCGUAUUGAUCCCGAGGAAGGCAAGGCAAACAGUUACCUGGCAUGUUCUGCCCCCAUCUGUUGA